AUGCCUCGUGCAUGGGAAGAAGAAGACAUUUUGUGGGAUGUCGACGACUGUUUAAACAAUACUCUACUGAGGAUAGACGACAGUGGAUGUGUAGUAGUAAAUCUCGACCACACCAUACGACUACUGAUCAGAGAGUCAGAUUGCUUAGUCAAGAUGGGUGUAGAUUUACCGAUAGUCUGCCACUCUCUCUACGCUAAGAAGAAUUACUUCACACUCGUAAAUGAUUCUUUGCAAUUUCUUCUAGAAGAUUACCUUCGCACGGUCCGAAGAGUGAAACUAGAAGUACGACCUCUUUUUCUUCCACAAGUAGUACGUUUGUCUUCUCUUUUACUCCCUGGUCUGCGGUUCGUGGGAUGGACAAGCGAUGAUUGGCGCGAAUUUAUAGACCGCGCAAAUGCAGCUAUCAAAAGCUUUGAUGUCCUAGUAACUAGAGUCCAUGAUAUAUAUACCAACCGUAUAAUAUAUAUGUUAAGUGGAAUGCAAGAAGUUACCUUAAUUACUUUACCCGAAGAGACUCCUUGGUCUGUAGAAGAAUUUAUCGAGAAUGUAGAAACUGGAUGUCGUAACGCGUGCGUUGAGCUAAACCGCAAAAGCCUUAUGGUAGAAGAAGCAGUUGAAGAAGUCUUGGACUUAGUAAAGAAAGCAGCCCAGCAAAUCAAGCCAACUGAAAUCAAUCCGGAUUUUGAAUUCCUCAUCGCUGAAGGUGGGUUAUAA